AUUUGUCAGUACUAUUUCUCCGCACGAUACGCCGACGGGGGCCAACAUGUCGUCCGGGUUUUGCAAAGUAUCAUUGGCAAUUGAAGAUGCCUGCGGUUACACAAAUGGCUGAGAGGCCAAGAGCCUCACAACAUCGGUUCGAGACCCGACAAUUGCAUGCAGGCCGAAUGCCAGAUAUACUCAACUCAUGUGCAACGCCUAUAUACAACACAGCAGCGUUCGGAUUCAAUGACAGCCAGCAUGGGACUAGGUUGCUAGAAUUUCAAGAAUUAGGCCCGAUUUAUUCGCGUAUUGGAAAUCCGACAGUAUCUGUCUUGGAGAAUCGUAUUGCGGCGAUGGAAGGCGGCGUGGCGGCAGUCGCAGUAGCAUCCGGAACUGCUGCAGUGACGAUGACAUUAAUGGCACUGGCAGCUGUCGGCGACAACAUCGUGUCUGCAUCCUCCGUGCAUGGCGGUACCUAUCACUUGUUCAAGGCAUUGGGCCCGCAGAUAGGCAUUGAGUGCCGCUUCAUCUCCGACACGAAUCCAGCAAGUUUUGAAGCAAAAAUCGACAGUAAGACUAAGUUCAUCUUCGUUGAGACCGUCAGCAACCCAAAGUAUGAAGUACCGGAUAUGUCUCCGCUCGCCAAGAUCGCUCACGACCAUGGAAUUCCAUUCAUUGUAGACAACACUUUCGGCUGUGGCGGGUUUGUCGGUCGCCCGAUCGAUCACGGAGCCGACGUGGUCUUGCACAGCGCCACAAAAUGGAUUGGCGGCCACGGCACAACGCUGGGUGGCCUCAUAGUCGACGCGGGCACGUUUGACUGGGGCAAAAACCGCGAUCGCUUCCCUCAAUUCCAUGCCGACGCUUCGGCAGAAGGCAGUGGAGAGCUCAGCCUGUGGGAAUCCUUCGGCCGGCGAGCGUUCGCUGUGCGCGUACAAUUCGAGAUUCUUCGAGAUGUAGGCAGUUGUCUUAGUGCCACGGCAGCGCAGCAAUUACUCAUCGGCAUCGAGUCUUUGGCCCUUCGCUGUGAGCGACAUUCGGCGAACACUGAGGCCCUGGCAGCUUGGUUGAAGGAGCAACCGAACGUGACCUGGGUAUCUUACCUCGGUGAUCCAGAACACCCGAGUCACGCAAAUGCGCGAAAGUACCUCCGCAGCGGCUUUGGAUCGAUGUUGUCGUUUGGCGUGCGUGGCGGACGAGAUGCCGGAUUUGCUUUCUGCGAUUCUCUCGACUUCAUAACUACAUGCACCAAUCUGGGGGACUCCAAAACAUUGGUGGUACACCCAUGGACAACCACCCACCAGCAGCUUACCGAUGCUGAGCGGUGGGCAGCGGGAGUCACCGAAGACCAUAUUCGCGUAUCUGUUGGCAUCGAGCACAUCGACGAUCUCAAAGCUGAGAUCGCCUAUGCCCUCGAACAAAGCCAGAAACGCACUGCCGGUGAUACCGCCUCCUCUGAUGCAGUCAAGAAGAGUCACGUUGCGGCUGCACAAGCUAUGAUGAUUACUGCGUUGUACGGCGAGGGUCCAAAGGUAAUUGCCAAGGGGAAUGCUGUUCCGGCAACAGGGCCUUUGUAAAUAUACAAGAUCAUUGGUUGGCGAGUUUACCUGAACAAAGCCGUGAUAAAAUUCUUCGUGG